AUGGCCCAGGCGCAGCGCCAGCGCCCUCCGGCCCAGCAGCAGCGCACCACCUCGGCUCAGCGACAGGCGCAGGACCAGGCGUCGCUGACGGUCGCCAGCAGCAUGCAGGCCGUGCGCAUGCUGCUCGAGACGUCGAUCUCCUGCUUCACCUACCUGCGCGCCCUCUUUCCCGAGGGCAACUUCGAGGACGCUAUCGUGCCUUCGGCGCGCACGCUGAUGGACGCCAACGGCAACCCGCAGAAGACGCCGCGCGACGGCAGCAUCAAGGUGAAGAAGCUGCGCCGCGGCUGGAGCACUGAGGCGGACCAGCUUCUCUCCUACCUCGAAGGUGGCGUCGCCGAUGCCCUCGAGCGCAACUACCUCUCGUCUCUCAUCCUAGCGCUCUCGCUCGAUCCUGCCCGGCCAAACGAUGUGAUCGAGUCAUACACGUUCAACUUCUCCUACAAGACCCUCGAGGACGGCAGCGGCAAGGUUCCCGUGCUGGAGAUGGUCGACAAGCUGCGCGGCAUCUCGAUCUACAACAGCGACGCCGAGGCGGCGAUGCCAUCGUGCCGCGAUGUGCGCGCCGCCGUGCAAUCCAUCGUGCGCUCGCUCAUCACCCUGACUCAAUCGCUGACGGACCUGCCGCGUCGACGCUAUUUGUCGCUCAAGCUUAUUUACAACAGCACGGCGCCCGAUGACUAUGAGCCCGAGAACUUCUCGCCGUCCGACCCGAUUCAGGACCGCUUUCUCUUCGCCACGUCUGGUCUGGGAGAGCGCGCAGAUCAGGUCCGCAUCGGCGCCCUCGACACGGGCCACCACGGGAUGAGCAUUCACAUUGCCUCGAUUGCCCACCUUCUCCCACCUGCGGACGAGGUGAUGCAGGCUCCGGGCGAAUCACGCGCCAUGGCGUCUCGCCGCUCCGAGGCUGUGGCGCAGGGAGCAAGCGCUACUGAGCGCGUGGUCCUAUGGGAUGCCGAGGAGCAGGUCGCGGACGACGACCAGCUGGAUAUCGAUCAGCGCGGUGCUGUCGGCCGAGUCGGAGCGUCCACCAAGCAACACGCCCAAGACGACGCUCGGAUGCGCAACGAGCGCGUCGGCCUGCUACGUACUGACCGUAGCAUGCCAGUUGGUCUCAAGAUGGCGAACGGCGGCAUCGGUCCCGUACCGCCGUCGGCCGUCGAGGAAGCGAUGCGUCGCGCCAGUGCACGGGCGAUGGGCGACUCAGAGGGCGCAGGUGACGACAUUGGCGAUCUCGAGACGUUCAUCGCCAAGGCGGUCAGGCGGGAGUGGGACGAAGAGGGAUCGACUAACGCAGCGCUGAUGCAGCAUGUGCAGAGUCCGGGCUACACUGCGUCUGCGGCGGGCACCCUUCUGUACGAGGCAUCGAACGCGUCUGCCGCCCAGGCCUCGGACGUCGAGGCGCAGCUUCCCUUUGCUCUCAUCGACGAGGCGAUGCAGUCCGACGCUGCCUCGCCGCUUACUCCAACGCGUCGCUCCAGCCGGCGACCCUUGCCCGUGCCGGCCAGACUAAACGCAGUCAUCGACGCGACGACUUCGCCAGACGAGUCUCGACGCCCGUCUCGCGGCGUGUCCACGCCUAUAGCGGAGCAAGACGAGGGCUUGGAUGCCCCGCCGCAUCAGUCCAUCCCUCCGGCGCUUGGCACUGCGACGACGCGCGCUUCUUCGCCAGCAGGUGGCGGCUCACAGACUCGUCAAGACACUGUGAGAGCUCUGCCGAUGCGCGGAGCGAAGUCCACGCGCCCUUCGCCAGUACCAGGAUCAUCUACAAGCUCCGACACGCAGCCGAGCAAGAGCAUGCGCGUCCUCUCGUCUAAGGUCGCCUCACAGCGAGCGCAGCGCGCCAAGAAGAAGGACACGGUCGAGUGCGACUGUGGCGAUCAGGUCGAUGACGGCCUGAUGCUGUGCUGCGACGUCUGUGACCACUGGGUCCACGCAUGCUGCUACGGCUACAUGACGGAUGACUCGCUGCCGACCGUGCUGCAGUGCUACUCCUGUGCCGUCAGCAACGAUCCGCGACACAGCGUCGAGCAGGACGCGCACCGGCAGAGCACGCUGGCAGAGCUUGCGACUCUAGCUCUCAUGCGCCGGGCGCUGGCGAAGCUCUACGACGACAGCGCCAGCGGAGGCAAGAGCGGCGGCUGGCCGGGCACUGGUCCAUUCGCCAAGCGCAUCGGUUGCAGCCUUCAGCAAGCCAAACAGAUCCGCGAGCGCUGUGCAUCCGAGGGCUUCCUCUACGUCAAUCCGCGACGCUCGGCCAACUCGCACAAGAAGAUGCAGCAGGACGACAUCGCCGUCGUCCGUACGCUCGACCAGAUGCGCGUGAAGCGCCGCCAGUACUUCACUGCCGGUCUUGGCGUCGAGGCGGACAUUCUCGCUCGCUGGGAAAACGUGUGCCUGCCGAAAGCAGCGCACGACGACGACGACAUCGUCAUGGACGACCUUGUCGAGCAUCCGUCUGGUGGAGACGAGAUCGAGUCGCUGGAGCACAGCUCGCCCGGCCCCACCGCGGCAAUCAAGGCGUCCUCUGCGAGCGAGGCGCAAGCCGCGACUGGCGGCGCCGUGGUGCAGCCGCCCGAGCGCGACGAUGUGCCGAUGGACAGCCUGAACGAGAGCGAGGUGCUGCUCUCACCUGCCGAGGUGCAGCAGGGUGCAGCCAUGGCCGCCGUUGCUCGACAGCGACAGGCUCUGUCGUCGGACGAGACCCAGGCUACUUCGUCCAGGCUCCCCUCCUCCACUCCUCCAACGAGCAGUGCCGCACGCGAGACACCUCUCGGCAACCUGGCCGGCACGAAGCGAGCUGUCCCGACGGAGAGCGAGGAUGCUGGUCAGAGCAGCGUCUCAGCCGGCGGCUCACAGUCUAAGCUUGCGCGCACCGUCCGCAAGAAGCAGUCCCUCUCCUUCCCCAUUGAGCUCGACGACCACGACGCCGACUGAGCCCAGCAUGACGCCUGACGAUGUACCGCACUCCAUUAUACUCUGACUCGCAUUCGUAUGAGC